AUGUCGUUCAUCGUCGAACAUGCGAAACAGGCCGUCACCGACAAACAAACAAAUGUCGUCAUCUUUUCGGCCACGGCUAUCGCCCUCUAUGGCUACGAUCAGGGUAUGAUGUCCCUCAUCAAUACGAACAAUGACUACCUCUCCACCAUGGGUCUCGAGGAGGAGUCACCAGUUGUGGGAGUUAUCGUGGCUGUCUACUACCUCGGUUGUGCGGUUGGCGCUGUACUCUUCUCCAUGCUCGCUGAUAAGCUGGGAAGGAAAAAGAGUAUCUUCGCCAGUCUGGCGACGGCGAGUUUAGGUAAUUUGAUCAUGUUCGUGUCUGGAAUGGGCAUGUUAGGCAAGAGCACGGAGAUCGCAUUGGGUGUCAUGUUAGUUGGACGAGUAGUCAUGGGAUUGGGUGUUGGAGGUAUCGACGCAGUCAUCCCUACUUACUCUUCCGAGUUGAGCUCAGACAACUCUCGUGGCAAAGCGCUGGCCCAGGAAUUCCAGUCCAAUAUCUUUGGUCUCGUCAUGGCUUUUGGUAUCAACUUGCUCGUCACUAUUCUUCUUGGCAAGCAGAAUCAAUGGGCUUGGCGCAUUCCCAUUAUCGUCAUGCAGGUCUACCCUGUUCUGCUCAUGGCUGUUGUUGAACGCCUUCCAGAAUCUCCACGCUGGUUCAUCUUCCAUGACCGCCAAGAAGAUGCAAAGAAUGCGCUAAACGAUAUCUAUGGAGAUGAAGGAAAGGAGAAGCUUGAUGAGCUGCUCGAACAGCAUGAGAAGGAGAAGGAUGUGAAGGUUGGAUAUUUGGAUAUGCUUACACCCGGGCACGAGCAAUUCCAUCCUACUAUGGUCACAGUCAUGUGCCAAGUCAACCAAGCUCUCACAGGAUAUGGCGCAGUCAGUGUAUAUGGGCCGCAGAUUUUUGAGCUCCUUGGCUUCUCCGUCCGCAACUCCGAGUACCUGACUCUUGGAAACUACACAUCCUACUUCUUCCUCAUGACGCUCGCUUGGCUUCUAAUCGACGCUCUUGGCCGGCGCCAACUUAUGAUUCAAGGUUCUAUCGUCUUAUCCUCUUCGUUCGCACUUCUUGCUGUCUUUGGUGGUCUAGUAGCCAAGUCUGACUCCAUUGAUAUUCCCGUUAUCAUUCCUGGGAUCAUCGGAACUGUCAUCUUGUUUGUAGCCACCGGCGCAUUCGGAAUUGGUUGGCUCUCGACCGUCUGGCUUUUCCCCACAGAGGUUUUCCCAACCACCGCACGUGCUCAAGGUACCGCUAUUUCCGUCAUCAUCUGGGGUCUCGCAAACUUUGCCAUCACAUUCCUUACGCCUGUCCUAUUCAACAACCUCGACUACUUCAUUUUCCUCGUCUUCGCUGCAACCAAUGCCUUCGCCGGUCUGUGGACAUACUUCUAUCUUCCGGAGACUGGUGGAAGGACUUUCGACGAGAACAUGGACUUUUUCAAAGAGGCUGGUGAGACCGGAACCUGGAGGGUUGGAAAGGUUCGCAAGGGCGAGUGGAAAAAGAUGCUGUACGAUGAUCCUGAGGGAGAGGGCAAUGUAGAUGCAGAACGCGUACCGCUGUUGCAGAGGGUGGGGGACCAAGUUCCUAGUGUGGAACAGUCUCGAGAGCCGAGCCGGCAACGAGAGGAGUAA